AUGCAGCGCCUUCAAGAACAGCUCGAUUUGCAAUGGGACUAUUUAGAGGCCCGAGACGUGCGUAUACACGAGGUCCGGAAGGCAAUAGGCGAAAUUUUGAGUGAUAUGGCCAUUGAUAAGGAACAAGCAGCUGCGGACAUUGAGCAUAAGCUCCAUGAGGCUAGCAUAGAAGCCCAACGCCAGAACAAAGUUGCAGAACGAAGGACAGUGCUAAACAAAGAGCUCGAUAGCCUGAUGCAAACUAACGAGGCCAGUAAACUGACUGAGAUCAAAAAAUCGCUUGCGGAUAUCGACCGCCAGAUCGUCGAGCUGAAGCAGAAAAGAGCCCAAGCGCGUCAAGAGCUUGCUGAGCUCGAAUCGGUUUUUGGAGCCCGUAAAGCCCGAAUCACAAGUCAAUUGGAUGCACUACCGCCGCAUAAUGCCAAUGUAGUAAAAGACGAGCAGCUCUUACUCACUAAGCUAGAGGAAACCAAGAGUGAACUGGAAGCAACCAACGAAGGCUCUCGAAUGUGGGAGUCGGUGAUCAAAUACCUUGACGCACUGGAUACGAAAAUGCAGGGGCCGCCAGUGCAAAUUGUGAGUGCUUUAGAAGAGGCAGUAGCCUGGCUAACCGAGAAAGGCACGUUUGCGGCAUCAAAGCAUUGGGGCCCUCUGAUUGUUGCAAUCGGGCACGAGCUAGAAAUUGUUAAAGAGGCGCUGGACGCCAUCAAGCAGGUUAAUCUUUGA